CAGCCCUCAAUCACCAUGAAGGUCCUCAUCCUGGCCUGCCUGGUGGCUGUUGCCGUGGCAAUGCCCGAGUCACCCAGCAGCAGUUCAUCCAGUGAGGAAGCUCCCAGGCUGCUGACAAAAAAGCGCAUCCUAAGAAACCAAGAAUACUACCUUCCCCAUCUGGAGGAAUCCAGAAGCAGCUCAUCCAGUGAGGAAUCUACCCGUCCCACACUCAAAAGACUUCUUCUGAAAGAGAAACCCAUCUUGCAUAUCCUGAAGGCUCCAGAGAGCUCUUCAAGUGAGGAAUCUGACAGUGCUGCUGAAAAACGUCUUCUGAGGGAGAGAGAGUUCUAUCAACAGCAGCUGGAUGAAUAUUAUCGUCAGUUUGAACCCGACUUCUACCCUCGGGCUUAUCCGAAAAAAGAAGUCAUGCCCUACCCGCUGGAAUAUUUUAUCCCUCAAGCAGCAGUGUACAGCAUCCCCCAGCUGGUAUAUAGGGUCCCUCAAGAAGUAACCUUUCCCAGUCCUCUCCGUUUCCGCUACGCUUUUCCUCAGCCAACCCUCCCCGUUGAGAGGAAGUAAGAAGACUUCUCUGGGAUACCUACCACCUCCAAGACUUUGAUCUGAAU